CCAUUCCGCUUGGGCGCGCCAAGCUUCCGUUCGUUCGCCCGCGAGGAGCGCCUGAUCUGAUGUCAUCGCAUCAAUCCCCAAUUUCCCGACGUGGUGUGGGGCGGCUACACAGCACCGGAUCUCCAACGAAAGCACUAGAUUUGUCAUGGGUUCCAGAUGGGAUGGACCGCAACACGGCUUGUAGAUUUGCCAUCCGCAUCCCUAGCUAUCAGGAGCAUGGUACACAUGUGAUUCAUGCCACCUGCAAUAAGAACUGGGUUCGUGAUAAGGAUACAAUUUCAUGGAUGGAUUUCUAUGCUAACUUAGAUGCUGAGAUAAAGCGAAGCAGUGCCCAAACUUUAUCGGUGAGCUUUUAGGACAAGGUUGCAUGUGAGUACAGCGACAUUGAUUCUGAUUCCUCAUUGCUUGCUGCAAUUGACAUGUAUUGGGACAUUAGAAGGCUUCAUGUGGUAGUUUCAGUCAUUAACCAGCCCAAUUAUAAUAGCAAUUUAUAUAGUGAAGUUGAUGUUGUUGAUAUGAAAUCAAAUCAGCUUUUAAUAUGCAGCACUGAAAUCAAAUCAGAUCUAGUUGACAGUGCACCUGAUCUUGUUACUAAUGAGACUAAUGAUCCUGAUUCUCAUACCAAUGAUCCUUGGGGUGAAAAUGAUGAAAUAGAGUACGUUGGAGUAGAUGAUGAGCCUGUUGAGCGUGCUGAACCUGCUUCUAAGAUUAGCUUUGAUUACAUUCCUGACACUGAUGAAGAAGAUAAUGAUGACUGUGCUAUUGAUGAUGAGGAAAGUUGUGAUGUGGUUGAGCAUAUAACUGACUUAGAAAACCCCAAGAUUGAUGUUAGGGUGACAUUUGAAGAUAGAGACACUUUCAUGAGAGCUAUUAGACAGUAUGCUAUUCUGAAUGAGGUUGAAAUUGUAGCUCGUUAUAAUGAAGCAAGGAGGUAUAGAGGAUAUUGUAAAGCCAAGAAGUGCAAGUGGAGAAUACAUGUAUCACAACUGCAGGAUGAAAGGACACGACAGAUUAAGAAGAUGCCUAACAAGCAUUAUUGUAAGAGCACAAGUAAAGUUGUCAUACUGGAUUGUCUACAAUGGCAGGGGGUUAGCACUUGAUGAGAUCUUGGGCAAAUGUGAGGAUAGUUUUGACUAUGCUUUUACAUUCAAGGCAGAGAUAGAGAGAAAGGCCCCUGACAGCAUAGUAGAGAUAGAUUGUGAAAAGGUUAGGUCCAAGAUGAGAUUUAGUAAGAUGUUUGUUGCUUUGAAGCCAUGUAUUGAUGGAUUCAAAAAUGGGUGCAGACCAUAUUUGGUCAUUGACUCCACUGCUCUUACUGGAAGGUGGAAGGGGCAGCUAGCUGCAACUAUAGGCAUUGAUGGACAUAACUGGAUGUUUCCCGUGGCAUAUGGUGUAUUUGGAUCAGAGACACAAGAUAAUUGGGGCUGGUUCAUGAACAAGCUUGCAAUGGCAAUUGG